CUCUCUCUUUCUCUCUCUCUCUCACCUAGUCCCGCGGACCACAGCAGAUCGAGCGCGCCCAGUGCGAUAAAUCUGGAUGCAUAAACCUUUUAAACAAGUUGAUUUUUGAAACACUAGCGUCAACCAUCUAAGUUCAUGUUUUGAUCUGUGAAGGGACGUAUGUACCACGUUCAGCUGAGUGAACGAGAAAUGAAUUCAAUCUUAAGGAAAAGCGUCUCAGGGAAUUUGUCCCUUCCGUACACCACACUGAUACCGAGGUCUGAGAAGGAAGUGAAUUUCAGCUGUCUCUUCAAUGAGGAGUUCAAGUAUAUUCUGCUACCUGUAUCAUACUCCCUAGUGUGUUUCCUGGGACUGAUACUUAACUCUGUGGCUCUGUGGAUGUUCAUCACUAAGAUGAGGCCCUGGAAACCCAAUACGGUUUACAUGUUCCAUCUGGCCCUGUCGGACACGCUCUAUGUGCUCUCCUUGCCUAUGCUCAUAUACUACUACGCAAACCGCAGCCACUGGCCUUUUGGGGUUUUUCUCUGUAAGAUUGUGCGGUUUCUUUUCUAUUCUAACUUGUACUGCAGCAUCCUGUUUCUCACUUGCAUCAGUGUGCACCGCUACCUUGGUAUCUGUCACCCCAUUCGUGCUAUGAUUUUGAUCAAGCCACGCCAUGCCCACAUGGUGUGUGGUUUUGUCUGGACUGCUGUGGUAGCCUGCCUGGUGCCCACACUGAUUUUUGUCAGCACUUCUCAAAGAGGAAAUGACACUUUGUGUCACGACACCAGCCGUCCGGAUGAAUUUCACAACUAUGUUACCUACAACUCAGUGGUGAUGGUCCUGCUGUUUAUCCUGCCAUUUCUGGUCAUCAUGGUCUGUUACUGUUUAAUGGCAAGGGCCCUUUGCCAACCCCGAAAGGGCCUGUCCCAAAGUCAACAGAGCUCAUCCCGGAAGAAGUCCGUUAAACUUAUCAUAGUGGUGCUGGUUGUGUUUGCGAUUUGCUUUGUACCCUUUCACAUCACCCGUUCACUCUACUACGCCUAUCGUAUUCUAGACGCAGAUUGCAGGUCCCUUGAUAUCGUCAACUUUGCUUAUAAAAUCACUCGUCCACUUGCUAGCAUGAACAGCUGUUUGGACCCCAUGCUCUACUUCCUGGCAGGGGAUCUGUACCGCUCUAAACUCCUCAGAAUGUUCACUAGACAGACUCCGAAAACUCGUUCUACUGCAUAUAUGCAUGAUAACAACAUCGGGCUGGCCGUUAAGAACCCGGAUGGCCAAGCCGGCACUGAGUCGAGACUCUAGAUUCACAUACCCAUACAUUUUGGGUAAUCUUUUAAAAAGCAGUUCUGGAAGACAUCCCAAGCGUUCUCUGUCAACAGACAUCAUUCUUCAGAUAUGCAUCCAGAAGAAUUCAGGACAGUCUUGUAAACACUACAGCGGAGAUAAAAGUUAGGGAAUCUUUUUGCUUCCUUUGUUCACUCCUAAGUUUUUUUUGUAGUUUUUAUUUUCAUUCAGUGUGAUUGCUGGUGCAGAGGAACUGCAGCUUGUUUUAUAAAAGCUCUGAUGGCCAAUCACUCCUGGUUACUUGUAGUUUUGAAGUCUGUCACUGUUGGUCAAGGACACAGCUUGGCAGUGUUGGGGUUCUGUCAACACUGAAAACAAAACCUACUCUAUAUCCCAGAGAUGGACUCUGGCCUGUGACUGUUACUACAGAAAUGCCAGUACAAAGUCUUUUGUGUGUUCUGUUAUGUGUGAAGGUCCUAUGGUAGGAAAUGAAAGUGUGAAAUCCUCCUGCACAAAAAAGUAGGACUUGAGUUUUCAUAGUAUUUAACCAAUGAAAGAAAUUAAUUUUGUAUUGAUUAUUAAAGAAUACCCAUUUUAUUUGACUCUUUAUGUUGAUACUGAACACAUGGUAAAGGUAAGAUAAAAUGCUUUUAAAAUAUCAUUUAUUUGAAUCAAACAGAAAAGUUGGAAAGGCACUUUGAGUGAAAAGGUUGGGGGAGUCUGAAAUUCGAGCUGCAGUUAUGCAGUUAUCCCCGCUUGGCUUGCUUCAUUCCCCGUACAGAUGUUUUUCUCCUUUGGCGGAGCAGAUCUACGGAUGUGUUGCUGCAUGAGUGUAUUUGUAAAUAUUUUGUGAGUUUUGGCAUAUUGAGGAGAGUUUUUUUUUUCUUUUCGGAUGUAACCUCUGUGGGAAUGUUUAGGAGUUUAUGCAUUUUAUUAUUUCAUGUUUAGUUUCUUUUAAAAUAAUGUUACAAUUUAUGACGGUUCUCUGGUCAUGCUAUUUGUUUAAUUUUAAAUUGCAUUUACAUAAUGUGUUUUCUAUUUACUUUGGCUGAGUUUUCUGUGUAUAUCCUGCGUCUGCUUUUUAUGCCCCUUUCUGAUACAAACAAAAUCACAACUAAAAUAAAUCAGAAAAAGAGACCGACCAUACUUGCUCACAAAAUACUUAAAUGGAAUGAAAGGACAGCAUGCUAGAAAAUGUGUUGUAAAGCUAAUAAUUUAUGUGCAGACAUAUAUUUUUUGUAUUAUUUUUAUUUUUGGUAUAUUUUGUAUUUGUAUUUUCAUGUAUUUUUUAUACUGCCAAGCAUUUAUGGAUCAUUUACAACUUAUAUUUUUAAUUUUGUGUACACUGAAAUACAUUUUUGUAUAACUAUUUAUAUAUACUGUACAGUGUGAGAUUGUGGGUGCCAAUUAAGGACACAGAGCAAAAGAUUAAAUUGAAGUUUAAAUUGAA